GCGCCGUUGGUAUGUGAUUAUGGGCUUGUUAAUUUUAGUUAGGCCCAGAAGUAGAUGCGGGCGGGUAGGACUUAGUAGCUUUUUUUUAAUAGACCUACAGAAACCCUAAGCUCGUGUUUCUUUAUCGGAGUUACUAUUAUAUUCUAACCGCCGGAAUGUCUUCGACCGUGUUCCGCUUGAAGUCCGGCGAUAAAUUUAUCACACCGUUCAAUAAAAUUAUUUAUGAUUAUGACUACUUUGGUUGGUCCAACCAUGGUGUCACGGUACCUCGAGACAUGAUUAUGACAUCCGCUGCCGUGUGGAACAGAUUCGACAUGUCGAGUGGGGCAACUGUGGUCGACGUUCAAGGGCUUGUGCGCGUUGCGGAAGAGAAGAAUGCUGAGCUGAGCGCAUGCAAGAAGGAACUGGAAUUGAGCAAGGAGAUGGUGUCGCUGUUGAGGAAGUUAGUGGAAGAGAAGGAGAAGGUUGAUGUGCUGACGAACCAACUUCUUGCUUUGAAGGGCUGAUCGUCAUUAGGAAGUUGAAUGAGAUCGAAGCUCCUCCAUUGCAGUUGUUUACUGCUUCCCUUUAGUACUCUUAUGUAAUAAUGCAUCCGUCUCGAUCUGUUUGACUUUUCAGUAAUGGUAACAUGACUCCUCGAGGUUUCUUCAAUGGCUGCGGGCUAGUUAACUUUAACCAUGCAGGUUAAUAUACUGGUUCACGAAGAGACAUAGCUCUUCCCCACAUUGAUCGUUUCGUUCGUUCCAAUAUUGAAUGCAAAUGGAAUUACGAAGAGAUCGAUAUAGUUAUUGGGACUAGGUGUGUUUAUUUGACUGUGUGCCAAUUAAACGCUUGUGCCCUU